AUGCUAGAAAACGGCCAAGAGCGGAGAGCGCUAACAUAUUUUUCUACAGAAUUAAAUCUCACACAGAUUACUAAAACUCCAACUAGAAUCACGGUGACGUCCCAAACGCUUAUUGAUGUUAUUCUAAUCUCAUCCACAGCACUUGUUCUUGAGAGUGGUGUUAUUAACACUUCUAUCAGUGACCACUUACCAGUGUACGUCCUACUAAAGUUAAAGGCCCCAAAGAUGCCAGCAUGUUACAUUACAACUAGGAGUUAUAAAAACUAUAAUUCCUCACUAUUUUCCUCUGACCUUGUCACUAAAUCGGAUCGUCUGUUAUCCAUAUUAUCCAACACCAACGUUAAUACAAUACUCGAAACCUUCAAAGAUGUUCUUCACUCAACUCUCGACGUGCAUGCACCGUUAAAAACCUUCAAAAUUCGAAAUCGAUCAUGUCCAUAUGUCACCAAUGAAAUAAAAGAACUCAUGAAGUCUCGGGACCUACACCUCCGUCGGUUUCAACUGACACGUGAUGAAGGUGAUUGGGUAGUUUACAAAGAAUAUCGUAAUAACGUAAAAACCAAAACUAAAGCCGCAGCGAAGGACCACACCUUUAACGAAGUAAGAGAACAUAAACACAAUUCGAGAUCCCUAUGGAAAAUAAUUAAUAAUAUAAUUCCCUCGAAGGAAAAGGAAACACAAGUUUAUAGUAAAGAUCCAAAAACAGUUGCAGAAGAUUUCAACCUUUUUUUUUACUUCUGUGGGACGGAACGCUGCUGCGACAGCCGAAAGUUUAGCCAAACACAACAAUGUUGCACUGUCAAAUCCUCUGUCAAAUGUAAUCACUUAUCCAUCUGA